GGUCGAUGGCCAGAGCUCAGAGGUGCGAAGAGGAGGGGAGAAGUAGCGCUGCUGCUGUUUGGUGGUGGGCAGGGGAGGAGGAGGAGGGACGGAAAGGGAAAGGAAGGGACGGAAGAGCCCGAGCGGCCAAAACGCUCGAAGUAGUCGACGAGAGCUUCUUUUCGUGUGCAGCAUCGCCGUGCCUCGAGUCGCCUCGCCUCGUCUCGCCCCGCCUGAGCCUUGCCUCGCCUUGCGUCGGGUGGGUCGGGUCGGGUUGUCCGGAUCGUAAAUGCUCGAUGAACCGGCGGGGCGUCGAAAGAUCGUGAAUGCCGACGAUUGUGUCUAGGAGGAGGAAAAGAAAGGACGACCUGCUACAGCUGCUGCUGCUGCUGCUGGCGCUGGAGGCUUGCUCGCCUCACUCUGACAUUUGGGCGAUUGAUCCCUCUGGCUGUGAUCGCAUGGAUGCAGAAUGAGACCUGCAGCACGGAGUAGAUCUCAGGGAGCAAUGCAGCUCCGAUAAUCACCAUAUCAACUCGGCGAAUCCAAAUAAACUACACUCGCGGUGGAGACCUUGAGGAAGAUCAAAUUAGAUCAGUAAGAUCUUUCAAAUAGAAGGAGCCAGAGGAGGAAGCAACAUGGCGCAACAAGGGGGCGUCUCCGGAGUGAAAGUGCUAAUCAUGGCCCUCGCACUUGGAUUCUCUGUGUACAUUUUGGGGCCUCCUUUGUACUGGCACUUCGUUGGCGAUGCGGCUGGGAAGCACCUCACGUCUUGCCCGCUAUGUAUUUGUGAUUGUCCAGCUGACGGCCUUAACAACAAUGCGCUGGCAGACCUGACGAACGUCACUCUGCCAGGUGUGUCUCUCAACUCCCUACACAGUACGAAAGCAGACUGUGCCAGAGAUGACCCGGACAUGCAAGAUGAAAUUGGAAAAAGCAGAUACCAGCUUUUACAGGAAGAAUUGAAGCUUCAGGAGAUUGUUGCUGAGGAAGCCCAACAACGAUCAGAGGCAGCUUUUCUUGAGGCCAAAAAGGUUGCAUCGCAGUAUCAAAAGGAGUUUGAGAAAUGCAAUCAGGGAAUGGAGACGAGUGAAGGUGCUCGAGAGAAAGCGGAAGCUGCUUUGACUCUUGAGAAGAAAAGAUCGGAAAUUUGGGAAAGUCGGGCUAGAUCACUAGGUUGGAAAGAUGAUAAUGAAGGCACAACUAACACAGAGAAUACUCAGAAUCAGGAGAAUCAGGAGAAUCAGGAGAACCACGAGAACUCGGAGAAUACUGAUAACAACGAGACUGCGGAUACAACUGACCAUACCGAACAUAUUGAGAACACAGAACACACAGAGAGCAACGAGACUACGGAUGGUGGAGGUUCCGUUGACGUUAGGCCUGACGCAAAGAAGCUGAAAGCAGAUUUUACAGAGGAUACGUCCAGUAGAAGUACUGCGCUACUCAACAAAAGCAGAAGGGAUCUCUCUUCCAAACAAAGCUCGUCAUAGUUCAAACUUAAGCGCAGAUUUGCUUUACUGAGGAGCUUGCUGCCCUAUGAACCGGAAGCCUUGUGUGAAACAUUUCACCAAGCUUAAAGCUCGGGCAAGUUUAAGCAAAGGUUUUGGUUGUGGUUCGGUUCUGGAUAGGUAUAUUCUUAUUCUUUUGAGGACAGCUGGGGGAAUGGAUGUCAUAGGUUUCGCAGCUCAAUUUGUGUUCAUAAAAGUCUCGGUGACUUCCUUCUACUCCAGAGACUCUACUCAGUUGUAUGAUCUUCAGUUUUACACAUCGGUUGGUGAAUUCCAGGUUUGGAGAAAUUUUAAGUCUCUGCACCUACAAUUCACCUCAUUCGAGUUUAGACAUCAUUAUCUUCAUAUAGCACUCAUUUUAAAUGAGUACGGGUCACUAGUUCAUCUGGAAGAUGGCCAGCUGUGUACCUCUGGAAAGCUCGAUGAGCAAGAAAUUCUUUAUAUAAGGUAUAACUGUACGGCCUUCAAUCCAGGUUGAACAGAGCUUUGGUCGAUUGUUCCACUGAAGUCGUUUCGGGCCCGUAAGACAGUUGUCUGAGCUUGUGUAAGUUUAAUUACCCUCCAAUGAAAAUGCGUCG